GACAGUGAGACAGGGGAACCGGUAGAGGAGGAGGUGAGACUGACAGAGUGAGACAGGAAGAACAGAUUUACUGACUCAUGACUCAGGCAGGAGAGCAGAGACACACGGACAACACCGACACGUAAACAUAGACAGAGAAAGAGACAAGUGAGGACUGUGGAAAGGUGGCCAUUUAACACACACACCAAGUAACAGAUGGAGUUAAUGCCAUUCAGUUCUCAGAGCCAGUGAUGCCCUCAGGGUUUGAGGGCAGCGCCAUGGCAAUUGCUGCCCUGUUCCGCAAGUGGGGUCAGAAAACUCCCCCUACAGCAACCCUUCCCCAUCACUGUGACAAUGAGGAUGACGAUGAUGAAGAUCGGUUGAACACACAGGCGCCAAUAAGACGCAACUCUCGUUUUUACCGCUCCAUGAGGAAGAAAAGACAUGCCCAAGGCCAGGCCCAAGAGCAAGACAGUGAAAGCCCCACCCACUCACCCAGAGCACCACGUGACACCAGCAGGACCAGAGCUGCAAUCAGAUCUCCAAACACACACACACAACGCCCUCCAUCGCCUCCACAUUAUGGAGCGGCGUUGCCAAGCAACGGGAGGACCAGAGAAGGUGGAGCUUCCCCUCGGUCGCCGUUAGAGACAAGAGAUUGGCGGCUCAGAGGAGAGAUGGAGGAGCUGAGCACACACAUGAGCCGAGCCUGCAGCGUGCAGGACAAUGAUACACACACUCACACACACACACACCACAUGGUCAGCGCACACAACAACACACACAGAAUGGUGACAAGCGGAGAGACGGCACGGGAGAACUUCAGCCACAGUUUAAACAUCGUGAAGAAUAUUGUGUUCCUGUAUCAGGAAUAUCGAGACUCUUCAGAACAGCAGGAAAUCGAACAGAGGCGGCAGAGAGAUGCACUUCCUGAGAAAGGCCCGGAGGCAGGGUCAGGGGUCACCACAGGGUCAGGGCUUACAGUGGGGUCAGGUGUCACAGCACCUGCACUGCAGCUGCAGUUACGUAACUCGUCUCGCUCUCUGACUUUAUGGCAGAAUCUCGAGGCCGUGCAGGAGAGCGGCCUUUUAGACACACUCCCUCAACGAGAGGUCAUAAUGCAGGAGGCAAUGUUUGAGUUGGUGACAUCUGAAGCAUCGUAUUAUAAAAGUCUGGAGCUUCUGGAAUCUCAUUUCCUCCAGAACCCACUGCUCAUUAACACACUCAGUCAAUCAGACAUGCACUUCCUGUUCUCCAACAUCGCUGAUGUCAUGAAGGCGAGCGAGAGGUUCUUGAUGGAUCUUGAGCACCGAAUCGAGGAGUCGCUGCUGAUCUCUGAUGUUUGUGACAUCGUUCAUAAUCACGCUGUUAACCAUUUUGACGUCUUCAUCAGUUAUGUCAUCAACCAGGGUUAUCAGGAGAAGAACUACAGACGCAUCCUACAAGAGAACUCUGUGUUCAAAGAGAACAUGGCCAUUCUGGAGAAUCAGCCGAAAGUCAGAGGUCUGUCGUUCACCUCGUUCCUGAUUCUCCCAUUCCAGCGAAUCACACGACUCAAACUGCUGGUGCAGAACAUUUUGAAGAAGGUGGAGGAGAACUCAGAAAGAGAGAGGAAUGCUAUAAAGGCUCAUCAGGAGCUUGAGAGGAUUGUGAAGGAGUGUAAUGAAGGUGUGAAGAAGAUGAGCCGCACUGAGGAGCUGAUCAGUAUCGAGAAAACUCUGGAGUUCAAGUCGAAGUCAGUGCCAGUGAUAUCUCACUCCCGGUGGCUCUUGAAGAAGGGCGAGGUUCUGCAGAUGACCGGGCCGAAGAGCACUCGCACUAUGCGAAGCCGGAAACUUUUCCAUCCCCUUUACCUGUUCCUGUUCAAUAACCUGCUGCUCAUCACCAAGCGCAGCUCCAGUGGGGAGAAGUUUCAGGUGUUGGACUCAUGCAGUCGCUCCAUGUUGAGGACUGAGGAUAUGGAGGAUCAGGGUCAGGUAUUAGCGUUUGCAUUUGUGCUCAAACUGCUGGAGAAUCAAGAGGAGCGACCAAUUAGCUACAUGCUAAAGACCAACAGCAUGAGUGAGAAACUGCGUUGGAUAUGCGCGCUCACACCAAACCGCAGGACACGAUUCCUCUCAGCCAGCGCACACACACCAGAUUCUCCCCAGGUGCAGUGUAUUCAGUCGUACUCGGCUCAGGAGCCUGAUGAGCUAUCAGUGGAGAUGGCUGACAUUCUGCUGGUACUUGAGGAGACAAAUGACGGCUGGAUUAUGGGCGAGCGUCUGCAUGAUGGAGAACGUGGUUGGUUCCCGUGCCGUGUGGUGGAGGAUAUUAAGAGUGCUGAGAUUCGAGCUCAGAACCUGCGGGAGUGUGAGAGGAUCCAGCAGGUGCAGGGGGGAGGAGGAGGAGGAGCCUCCAGGGGGCGCUGGACCCCCAAAAACACAUCCUACACACCUACCUGGACUGACCAAUCAGAGCAGGAGUUCUGAGCCACACUACUGCAUCAGCCUGGAUCAUGUGACCAUGAAUCAGAUAAACUUGUGGGGUCAAAGGUCAUACACAUCAGCUGUGUGUUCCGAUAUUGUGUCCUCAUCUACUUCCCAUAAUGACAAAACCCCAUGUGUGUAGAGCAGAAACACCAUCACUGCAGCGAGUGUGUUACAUCCCUCAACACACUCUCACUUCUCCAUGGUUCUCACAACUUAUUGACUAAUUACUGCACACACUAACGUCAGGGACUAGCAUUAUUUCGCAGGAAUGAGGGGAAGUUGAUGAGGCACAUUAACGCAUUCGUGUUUUAAAUAGCUGCUUGUGUUAAACCUGUUGUUGUUUACGCUGCAUGACGACACGCCUCAGUAUCGCUGACCAUGAUCAAAACUUAAUAACUCAGGACGUAUGAAUGUGUUCAGUCACACCUCUGUGACGCUGAAGGGUUAUUUUCAGCCUCUGUGGGAAAGUGCGUGUGUGUGUGUUACAGAAACUGCUGUAUGGAAUGUUGCCUAAAACUGGAAAAAUGAGGAGUGCAGGUUUUGCACAUACUGCAAUAGAGAGUUUAAUCCAAUACAUACUCACACACACACACACACACACACACACACAAAUAAUCUUACACAACUGGUUUAACAGUAAGUUCUUCCUUAAACAGAAAGCUCAUGUGCAGUGUGUGUGAGUGUGUGUGUGUGUGUGUGUGUGUGUGUGUGUGUGUAUGUGUGUGUGUGUGUGUGUGUGCGUGCAUGAUUAUAGAUAAUGAAAUUAAUUCUGGGACACUGGCUGAUUCCCUGUGUAUCUGUAUUAAGCUCAGUGUCUAAUUUCAGGUGAUUGAUGUUGUGUUUUGUAAAAUAAUAUAAUUUAUUGCUAAUGCAGAAUAAAAUGUUGAAAAGCAUGCGGUUUCUGAUCAGUGAGAUUUUUGUGAUAAUAUCAGAAAUAAAUGUGAAUUUGGUAAAACAGUCCACAUGAACUGC